AUGCGGAACAAGAUAACCCUUCUCGAUUCAGUGGUUAUCUUAGCAGUGACGGCGAGUCUUAUCGUCGCCGUUACAUGUACCUCAGCCACCAGAGAAGAGACGAGUGACAGCAAAGAUGACGAGUACGUCCCACUUUCUUCUCUCAUCCCUCAAUCAUCGUCUUACGAAAGUGUAGAAGAUUCCGAGGAAAAUGACGAUUCUCGCGAGAGGAGCAUGAGUUUUGAGGAUUUCGACUACACCUCACCCCACAACGGGAAGCGGAGAAGGGUCGACGUCAAUGUCAAAGUGUCCGUUCCAAAAUACUACCACCAUUAUCGCCGUCGCCAUCGUGACGAUAGAAGACGAAAUCGGAAUAACAAGAAAUAUAGGAAGUCACCAAAAUGGAAGAAGAAUAAGUUACACGAUGGCAAAAAUAAGCCGUGUCAAAAGAAAAAAUCGUGUCAAAAGAAACAUAAAACUUCUGUUGGGAGAGUUAUCGAGAAAGCCAAGCCAACAACCAAACCGCCAAUGACGGAGAGGCCGGUUCCCCACAAUGAAGCCGUGGUCCCCAUGACGACAGAAAUGUUGCAUAUAUUUAUUUCCCCAACCACACCCUCCAGCAUUUUGACGACUGCUGCUCCCACCGAAAGAAUCGUAACUAUGCUAACCCCUCGACCAGAAGUUAGUACGAUCAGGUGGACACACGCUCCUCCGACAAGUACAAUUCCACCUCCCACGGAAAGGCUAACCACACCGACAGUCGUCAUGACGCAGCCACCACCCCCACCAACGGAGAAAAUAGUUACUACAGCGCCCCCAACUACGACCCAACCUCCCCAACCAACUACAACGCCACCCCCAACUACCACGCCUCCUACACCUCCACCAACUACGCCGCCACCACCUCCACCACCACCACCAACUACGCCGCAACCUAUACCAACUACUCAUCCAGCUACACGUCCCCCACCUCCUCCAACAACAACUCAAGAAAUGAUUACCACAAGCACGCCCGCCCCGGAAGAGGAGGAAACCGAAGGUCCCGAAGAAUUUGACUAUAUCGAAGGUCACGCCACCAUCCCUGUUGACUACUAUGUCGAAGUGGACGUCACCACGACGACCAAGAAGCCCGGACCUAGAGCCAAGAAGCUUAAGAAGAUACGCCGUUAUGAAAAGCUAUCGUGGAAGAAGAAGGUCAGUAAGGGGAAGAAGGGGGGGAAGAAACCGAAGGCCGGUGAAACGAAGGCGGGUAAUGCAACUUCCGUUGUACUAAUAACGCCGGGAAGCGGGUUGACUACGAAUAACACGGGAGGCGUAGGUCGGUCUUUUGUGGCAGGUCCCGUCCAGCUGAGUGGAGUAACGACUUCAGCUCCACUGAUUGUAUCGAUUAUAUCUACUUCCGGUCCAGCCGCCAUUUCCGGUUCAUCAGCUUCCGGUUCUGUGGUUUCCGGCUCGAACGACACCGCAACAGCAAACGCUCCGCUAUGGACGCAUGUCGACGAUAUGCCGCAGGUGCCAAUCGGAAGUAGUGGUCUCAACCCAACGGUAUAUGAACCGGGUAAGGGUAAUGCGAACCCGGGAGUAGUUCUGGAUGACGGGCCACCCUCUGCUCCACCCAGCGAAAAUGCAAAAGUGGCACCAGCAAAGGUGCGAAUUCCGGGAGGUAAAGGAGGUCACACAGCGCGGGGGGCUUACCUGGGAUUGAUGAAAAUGGGAAAAGCUCCAGGCAAAAGGUAG